GUAGCAUAAAUAACAACAAACACUGAAACAAACAUAACAAAACAAAAUCAAGCAAGAAAGAAAGAAAAUGAACUAUGAAGGAUACAACGAACAACAUCAAAUCAGAUUAGAAGAAAAUCAAAAUCAAACAAUCAACUUCAAGAACGAUUUCUUGAUUAGAAUCAAAUUAUUCCUAAGAUCGAUCAGAAGAACUCAAAAGAAAUUUAUAAUUCUUAACUUAUUAUUAUUUAUCACUUCGAUCAGUUUGAUUAGUUUAAUACUUUAUUCAAAACAAACUAAAAAUGAAUUAUUAAAGUUAACCAAAGUAUCAUUCUUAUCAACCUCAAGCACAAGCACUCAACCCGAUGGUUUAUUACCAAUCACAAGAGAAGUUUUGGAAAAACUUGAUCAACUUCAAAAUAGUUUUGAUGAAGAAGAUGGAGUUCAUCAAGAUUCUCAAAGCACAAUCGAUCCAUCCAAUCAAAAGAUGCCAAUGGUCACUUCACUUCCGACCAAACCAUCUCCUGCAACACAUUCAUCAAAUACUCAUCAUUCAAGUAUUCCAGCAGAAGAAUUAGAUCGAUCGAUUUGUCCAAAUCAAACUUCAUUAGGAUUAUCUUGUUCAUUUCUCUUACCUGGUUUCAUUGGAGAACAAGAAACAAAAGCUCAAGUUCAUUUACAUCAAUUAGGUUUACUUGCCAUCCAAUUAAAUCGAACGUUAGUCUUACCCAACGUUAGUAAGAGUAGAAUGGGAACUUGUUUGAGUUAUCCAUUUGAUCUUUAUUAUCAAACUGAAAGUUUAAAUCGAUUAGGUAUUCAUACGAUUAGUUAUCAUGAAUUUAUUGAUUGGACUUUCAAUCGAUUUCCAAAUCCUUCGGCUCAAUUGGUUUCUAUCUCAGAUUCUAAAAUCCAUCAUUCUGAUCAUACAUUAGUGAAAAUCGAAUCGGAUUCCAUUGAGACAUAUCUUUCCAAAUUACCUAGUUAUAUAUCGAUACAUUGGAGACAAGAAACUUUAUCGAUUGAAAGAUUAAAGAAAUGUUCAAGCUCAUUGAUUCCAAGACUUUUGAAAAUCCAAAAAUCAUUUCCAAGUUUAACUUCAAUUUAUCUUUCAACUGAUUAUCCCAUAGAAGAAGUUUUAAAUCCAAAACAAACUGUCAUAGCUCAUAGUAGUACAUUUUCAAAAUUGAUUACUCAAGAUCAUCAUGUGUUGAUGAAAACCCUCUUUUCUGAAAUCCAUCAAAUUCAAUCCGAUUUAAAGUUUUUUAGUUUUGAUCAACUUAUUAAACAAAUCGAUUUGAACGAAGAAAUGAUUAAGAAAUUAAUCAAAUUACCAAACGUGAUGGAAUUAAUCAAAUUGAAUAAACUAAUCCCAAGCAACAAAGAUUCAAAAGUGAAUGAAAAAGAUCUGGUCAUUUAA